CAUAACUACUGAAUCUCACCUCAAGAUUCACCUACUCCUCUUUCUAUCUAUUAAAAAAAAUAUACUAUAAAAACAUCAUCAUCCUCUUUAAAAUUAAUAUUGAUACUCCAAAUAAUUAAUAUAAUGGAGAGUAGCACUAACCACAAAAGCUUAAAUGAAGUGGGAGUGCAAGAACUAAUCAACACUGGAUUAAAACCAGAUGAUGCAAGAUUACUACUAAUCCAGAUUAAGGAGGUCAUUAGUGAAUCAAAGAACCCAGUAGAGAUAUGGCGUGAAAUCACUUAUACAAGAAAGUUGCUGAAACCAAGUUACCCACAUUCUUUGCAUCAGACCAUCUACAAUGCAGUCUAUGCUAACUAUGAUGUGUCUACUCAGGGCCCACCUCUCUAUUGGUUUCCUUCUCAAAUUGAUUCUCGACUGUCAAACUUGGGGCGGAUUAUGGAAGCUCAUGGACCCAAGCUUCUUGGAGCAUCUUACAAAAAUCCUAUAUCAAGUUAUAAACAAUUUCAGAAAUUCUCUGCUCAACAUCCAGAGGUAUACUGGUCGAUUAUCUUGGAAAAACUUUCAAUCCGAUUUAACCAACCUCCGAAAUGUAUACUAGAUACCUCUGACAAAUCAAAACACGGGGGCACGUGGCUUCCCGGUUCAGUUUUGAACAUUGCAGAGUGUUGCUUGAUGUCAACUAGUGAAGCAGAUAAAAAGAAUGAAAAGGUUGCAAUUGUAUGGCGGGAUGAAAGAUUUGAUCAUUGUGAUGUAAAUAAGUUGACAUUGAACGAACUGCGGCAGCAAGUAAUGUUGGUUGCCAAUGCAUUAAAGACGUUGUUUUCAGAGGGGGAUCCAAUUGCAAUUGAUAUGCCAAUGACAGUCACUGCGGUUAUUUUAUAUUUGGCAAUUAUAUAUUCUGGAUUUGUGGUUGUAUCAAUUGCUGAUAGCUUUGCAGCAAAGGAGAUUGCAACUCGAUUACGCGUGUCUAGAUCAAAGGCGAUUUUUACUCAGGAUUACAUUGUUCGAGGUGGUCGAAGAUUUCCUUUGUACAGCCGUGUUAUUGAAGCAACUGAAUGUAGAGCUAUCGUGGUUCCUUCAAUAGGAGAAAAUGUAGACAUCCAAUUAAGAAAACAAGAUAUCUCUUGGAAUGAUUUUCUUUCCAGCACAAAAAACUUUUCUAGGCCUGAUUAUUGCUCUCCAGUCUAUCAAUCAAUAGACACGGUGACAAACAUACUCUUUUCUUCAGGGACAACAGGAGAUCCAAAAGCUAUUCCAUGGACUCAACUUAGUCCCAUGCGAUGUGCUGCUGACUCAUGGGCCCAUAUGGAUGUUCAGGCAGGAGAUAUAUUCUGCUGGCCAACUAAUUUAGGAUGGGUAAUGGGACCGAUUUUAAUUUACUCAUGCUUUCUUAGUGGUGCAACAUUGGCUCUUUAUCAUGGAUCUCCGCUUGGACAUGGUUUUGGAAAAUUUAUUCAGGAUGCAAGAGUGACAAUUUUGGGCACGGUUCCAAGCAUAGUUAAGACUUGGAAGAGUGCAAGAUGCAUGGAAGGGCUAGAUUGGACAAAAAUCAAGGCAUUUGGGUCUACUGGUGAAGCAUCUAAUGUUGAUGAUGACCUAUGGCUUUCUUCAAGAGCUAACUACAAACCUGUUCUUGAAUGUUGUGGAGGUACUGAGCUCGCUUCGUCUUACAUUCAAGGGAAUAUUUUACAGCCGCAGGCCUUUGGAGCAUUUAGCUCUGCUUCAAUGGCAACAGGAUUGGUCAUUUUUGAUGACCAUGGAGUUCCUUAUGUCGGACCGAGUCAGCCCGAUGAUCAACCCUGUGUUGGUGAGGUGGGCUUGUUUCCAGUAUACAUGGGAGCAACUGAUAGGCUACUUAAUGCGGAUCAUGAAAAGAUUUACUUUCAGGGAAUGCCGAUUUACAAUGGAAUGCAACUCAGGAGACAUGGUGACAUCAUCAAGAGAACAGUUGGAGGGUAUUAUAUUGUACAAGGCAGAGCUGAUGAUACCAUGAACCUUGGUGGCAUAAAGACGAGCUCAAUUGAAAUUGAACGUGUUUGUGAACAAGCUGAUGGAAGCAUCAUGGAAACUGCAGCAGUCAGUGUCGCACCUGCAACUGGUGGUCCAGAACUUUUAGCCAUAUUUGUGGUUCUAAAGAAGGGGUUCAAUGGUGAUCCAGAGAAACUAAAGACGAUUUUUUCUAAAGCCAUCCAAAGAAACCUUAAUCCAUUGUUUAAGGUGAGCUUUGUUAAGAUGGUUAAUGAGUUUCCUCGAACAGCUUCUAACAAAUUAAUGAGAAGAGUGUUAAGAGAUCAACUGAAGGAGGAGUUUCGCACUCGAAGUAAAAUAUAAUCACAUUGUAAAGUCGUAUAUCGAUAUUAAUACAAUCUAUUCUUGUUAGAUGUAAAUUACUCAUAAAAACAAAAAGAAGGGCAGUUAAUAUGGCUGACAGUUUUAUACUGUCAAAACAGCAGUUAAGCAACUGCCCUUUACAUUUACUAUUAACGGUAUAACUAUGAACUAUUGGUGAUUUGGUGCCGAGUUCUGUUUCUUCUGUCAUCAGAAUAAUGAUGAUGUAAUAAACAUAUUGUUUCAAUAAGUUUCCUUGUUGCCUUUUCGGUAAA